AUGGAAAUGUUCUCUUUCUCAUUUCUCUCUUAUUUUCUUUCCAAUGUUCUCUCUAUCUCUCAACUUCUCAUUCUCUUUUUUUCUCUCUUCAAACUUCCCUCUCACUUUUUCUUCCAAUGUUCUCUUUCUAUUUCUUUAUUUUCAGCUAAUAUUCUCACUCUCUCUCUCUCUCAAUUUAUCUCUCUCCUUCUUAUAUUCUCUAUCUCAGAAAACUUCAGACUUACCUCUCUUUUUCUUCUAAUGUUCUCUCUCUUUCAACUUACCUCUCUCUUUAUUUUCUUUGAAUAUCUAUCAAAAAAGGGGUCUCUUUAUUUUCUUCCUCUCAACUUAACCUUAGUCUUUUUUUUUCAAUCAGUUUCUCUCAACACUUACCUCUCUUUUUCUCCUAGUGUUCUCUCUCUUUCAACUUACCUCUCUUUUUAUUUUCUUCCAGUAUCUCUCUAUCAAAAAAGGCCUCUCUUUAUUUUCUUCCUCUCAGUCUUUUUUUUUCUUCCAACAUUCUCUCUUUUUCAACUUAUCUCUCUCUUUUUCUUUUAA